CUCUAAUCUAUCAAUUCCAACCGCUACGUGCCUGUGCCGGCUGUUUCACGAAAUAUUUCCAUAUAUUUUCAAUAAUAACUAUUUACAAUACAAAUAUGCACUAUUAGUUCAAGUGUCUCGUCAUUAGCGUUAAUUGGAAAGUCUCGGGCUAACUGCCAUCCGAAGUAUUAUUAUGUUGGACUUGUCAGUGAUGUCUCGGUUACUGUUUUUUACAAUUUUAUGCAUAUUUUCUGAGUUAAAAAGUGCUACCGGUUUAGGUGAAAUUAUUUAUGCCAUAAAUGCUGGUGGGCCCGCCUAUACCGAUAUCUAUGGCAUUCACUAUGAAAAGGAUCCUCUGCAGGGAAGAAUCGGCACCGCCUCCGACUUCGGUAAGCAGUUAGUUAUGAUCGGGCGAGUGAAUUCUAAAGAUGAAAUACUGUACCAGACAGAGCGAUACCAUCACAGCACAUUUGGCUACGAUAUACCAGCUAAUAAGGACGGUGACUAUGUAUUGGUAUUGAAGUUCAGUGAAGUUUACUUCAAUGCUCCCAAUAUGAAAGUUUUUGAUGUCGUGCUGAAUGGUGAUCAUACUAUCGUAGCUGAUUUGGACAUCUUCGAUAAAGUCGGGCGUGGGGUUGCCCAUGAUGAAUAUAUCCCAUAUACCAUCAAGAAUGGUAAACUAUAUUAUAACGAGGAGGAAUCUGAUAUACGAGGAGGAAAAAUAAAGGUUGAAUUUAUCAAAGGCUACAGGGAUAACCCAAAAAUAAAUGCUCUCUAUGUUAUGCGUGGUACAAUAGAUGAAGUUCCUAAACUUCCACCAUUAGUGUGGCCAGAAAAUGAGACGGAAGAGUUGAGAGAAGAUGUGGAAGAAAAAAAUACAAAGUCUCGAAAAACCAGUGGUCCGAAGCAACCAGACCCCUACUCCAUGGACGAGAGCUCGGUUCUUAUCCCUGUGUUCAUCACCAUUGGUGCUUUCGUCCCUCUUCUAUUUUGCCUGUGCAAACUUUAAUUUAUUUUUUAUUUAAGUAGCUGUUACCUAAUGUAACUACUGUGUGAAUGUAAGGUGUAUAGUUCUAAUUUAUUUUGGAUUGUUAAAUUGCAUUAUUAUAAAAUAAAAUACACCAUUAUGACUAUAUUACUGUUUUUCAAGCUCAAUGACAAAUAGUACAAAGUAAUAUACCAAUGUGAGAGUAAAUAGAGCCCGUCCCAUGUAGAAUGUUAAAUUGAAUUCUAAAUCUACACAGCAUUUAUCCUAAAUGCACCUGAGUUAAUAUGAAUAAUAAAAUGGUUCUAAUUUAUUGGA